AGCCUACAAAACUAGAAUCCGAAGCCUCCAGGCUUCAUCCAGGAACCCUCCAUAUAAGCGCCUGUCCACAGGGCUUAAAUGAGCCUCCCAUCGAUCUCAAGGGCUUCAGGUUAGAACCGAAGCAUAUAGGAGAACAAUAGUAGCCAACGUAUAGCUUUUUGGUGGCCAAGAUUCGGCCUCAGGCAUGGCUGAGCACCAGAGAAUUCAUCCGGAGGACGUCGAAGCCCCACCUCCAUCAGCUCCCCCAGCACCAGGCAACUUCUCGCAGUCCGCCAAGCGCGACGCUGGCGAUCAACGAGCUCCAUUGCCGCAAGGCACCACCAUCCCGGUAGCCCAUGCAAAACCAACCAAGAAGAAGAGGAGCUGCUGCUGCAGGUGUUUGUGCUGGACCAUCCUCACCAUCAUCGUCCUCAUCAUCCUUGUUGCAGCCACUGCUGGAAUUCUGUACCUCAUCUUCGAUCCUAAGAUACCGAAGUACUCGGUCGACCGCCUCAGCAUCUCAGCAUUUGAUGUGGACAAUAACAUGACUGUGAGGGCCGGCUUCGACGUGACUGUCACUGCGAGGAAUCCAAACAAGAAGAUUGGCAUCUACUAUGAGGAUGGGAGCUAUCUGAGCGUGUGGUAUACGGAUAGCAGCCUGUGCAAUGGGAGCUUCCCAGAGUUCUAUCAGGGCCACCGGAACACGACGGUGCUGAAUGUCACGCUCACCGGAGAGACCCAGCUGGGGAGCGAGAUCCUUACAGAGUUGCAGCAGCAGCAGCAGACCGGGACGAUACCGCUGCUAUUUAAAGGUGAUGUGCCGGUGAGGGUGAAGUUUGGAAGCCUCAAGCUGUGGAAGAUGACCUUCAGAGUCAGGUGCAAUCUGGUGGUGAAUAGUUUGAGUGCGAGCAAUAAGAUUAGCAUCAAAUCAAGCAGCUGCAAGUUUAAGUUGAAGCUUUGAUCUCAUUUACUUCUUCCAUUUUUUAGCUGAGGAGGUGCUAUUUCCAUAUAGAAGGCUCAGUUAUUCUUCGCGUUCUUUUUUACGGUUUUAUUUUUCUUUUUCACAAGAGAUAGGGAGGUUGUCUGCAGGCAUGCACCCUACCUCGUAUAGCUGGAUUUGUAUUGAUUUAUUUAGAAUAUACUAGUAAAAUAAUGAUAUAUAUUUUUCUAUUGUGCCA